AUGGCGUGUGCCAAUAAUGAUGCUAACACUGUAAUUAAAUUUUUGAAAAGACAAAUGUUUGCCAAGUUUGGAACUCCCAGGAUACUCAUUAGUGAUGGAGGAUCUCAUUUUUGCAACUCUCAACUUGCAAAGGUACUCAAGCACUAUGGCGUGAAACAUAAGGUGGCUACACCUUAUCAUCCACAGACAAAUGGAUUCUGGAGAAAACAGACGGCAAUGAAGACAACUAUAGGGCUAUCUCCUUUUCAGUUAGUCUAUGGAAAAGCAUCUCAUCUACCAUUAGAGAUGGAACAUCGAGCUUUGUGGGGUUUGAAGUUCUUAAAUUUUGAUCCAUUUGACACUCAGGAUAGGAGAAGAAGGAAGUUGGUAAAGAAGGUUUUUCAUCCAGGACAGCAGGUGUUAUUGUUCAACUCACGCUUAAAUCUUUUUCAUGGGAAGUUGAAGUCUAAGUGGUCUGGUCCAUUUAUGGUUAAGAAUGUUCAUCCACAUGGAGGAAUUGAGUUGACAAAUCCGUCUGCUGAAGAUCCACAAAGAAUUUGGGUGGUAAAUGGGCAACGUCUCAACCAUUAUUUGGGUGGUGAGGUUGAAUGCCUUUCUACAAUCAUGGAGUUGGUUGAUCUUUGA